AUGGCGACUGAUUGCAAGAGCGUCGACGAUGUCGUGCUUUCUCAAGAACAAGAGGCUGCUACUCCUGGUGCAAACAAGUAUGGAGGACUUGUGCCAAGGAAGAAGCCACUCAUCACGAAGGAUCUCAAACGUGCUUUCUUUGAUUCAGCAGAUUGGGCUUUGCAGAAGCAAGAAGCAGUUGUAGAUGAGAGAAGAAUAGCGGCAAUUGAAAAUCUGAAACCCAAACUAGUGAGAACGCCUCACAAGCAACUUCCACCUAGGAAUCUCAACUGUGGAACUGGACAAGAGAACCAGACGGAUUCGCGCUUUUAG